AUGUUUGCAAAUAAAGUUGUUAUUGUCACUGGGGCUAGUUCUGGAAUUGGAGAGGAAACGGCAGUUGAGUUUUCAAAACAAGCUGCCAGUGUUGUUAUCACAGGGAGAAACAAGGAAAAACUAGAAAAAGUAGGUUUAAGGUGUCAAGAUGUUUCUCCAUAUAAGAAGAUGCCUUUAGUAAUAAUGGCCGAUUUAAAUAAUGAACUUGAUGUGGAGAUGAUAAUUAAUAAAACAAUAAAUUAUUAUAACCAGAUUGAUGUUCUGGUCAACAAUGCUGGUGUUUUGGAAGCUGGUACUAUUGAAAAUACUUCACUAGAGCAAUAUGACAGAGUUAUGAAUACAAAUGUUCGUAGUCAAUAUCAUUUGACAAUGCUGGCUGUUCCACAUCUUAUAAAAACUAAAGGGAACAUUGUGAAUGUUUCGAGCGUAACUGGAAUGAGAUCGUUUCCUAAUUGUCUUGCCUACUGCAUAUCUAAAGCUGCAUUGGAUCAAUUUACUAGAUGCAUUGCUUUGGAGCUAGCACCAAAAGGUGUAAGGAUCAAUGCUGUAAAUCCAGGUGUAAUAAGAACAGGCCUACAUAAAAAAGGCGGUAUGAGUGAAGAGGAAUAUGAGGCAUUUUUGAAUAAGUGUGCACAAACACAUGCAUUGGGUAGACCUGGUGAAGCAAAUGAAGUUUCAGCAGUGAUUGCUUUUCUGGCUGGUGAAGGAGCAGGCAACAUUACCGGAGCCUCACUGCCUGUUGAUGGUGGUCGUCAUGCAAUGUGUCCAAGAUAA